CUUGGUUUGCAUAUUUGAAUUGCUGGACGGCUAAGUUGAGGCCUAUCCAGGGGAGGAGUUGUUGAUAGCGUCAGCAACUCUGUGCUGCUUUCAUAUCUAAAUUAUUAUCGCUAUCUUCGGUGCUCUAAUCCCUCAAAUACCUCUUCUCCUGCUGCGAAAAAAAAGACAUUACUUAUUGGUAUCUCGAAUCAUCAGGGUAACGGUACAAUAUUGAAUCUGGACCACUUUAUGCACCACGCGGGGAUGGAUAUGGACCAUGGUCAUCAUGGGGAUAUGGAUAUGGGGGGGCAGUGUAAUAUGAAUCAACCAUUUAGAUGCUCUUCACAUGGUCCUCUAAAGACCUCUGCAUCAUAUUCCGCCGGUGGCGUGUCAACGGUCCCUUUUCUCUUAUUGUUUCCUUGGUUGUUAUCGUACUUUUGACGGCUGGUUACGAAGGUGUUCGGCAAUUGACCCGACGGUAUGAGACAGCGCAAGCACAACGGUUGAAUGCAUUCAAUACGCCGUCAUUAGGAGACAAUGAAACCAUCGGCGAAGCCCCCCCGACCAACGUCCACCCAAGCCAUGCUCCCCAUUCCUACGACGAAAGCUCACCGCUACUUGUAGGUAGGGACAACAGGAGGGUUGUGGAACAGCGGGGAAAGCUCAUCAUGGCCGCAUUAUAUGCUGUGCAGGUCUUCUAUAGCUUCUUUAUCAUGUUGCUGUUCAUGACGUACAACGGGUUAGUCAUGCUUGCAGUUGCUGUCGGGGCAUUCGUAGGAUAUCUUGCGUUUGGGGAGAACUUGUCAGCUUCAAAGACUGUUGCUUGCCAUUGAUCAUUCAUUCCCUUUCAGAUAGUUGUUGGGUUCCAGAAUUGGUGGGAAGCUUUGAGCUUGGCAAAGCUUAGCGGUGGACUGCUUGAU